UUAAUGGAGAAAUGGAAGAUAAAGACUAAGCAAGAGGAAGAAUGUUCAGGCAGACCUUAGGAGUGCUAGCUGCGGAGUUGAUGUGAGCUCGUAUUUACGCUGCUUGAUCUUGCUGAGGAGCUCUGGCGAAUUACGGAUGCUCUUUGUCUCUGCAGAUUGCGUCUCGUGUCAGUAGAAAUGGACAGCAGCAGUUUCAUUCAGUUCGAUGUGCCUGAGCACAGCAGCACCGUUCUGAGCCAACUAAAUGAGCUCCGCCUGCAAGGGAAGCUAUGUGACAUCAUCGUCCACAUUCAGGGUCAGCCAUUCCGAGCCCACAAAGCCGUCCUUGCUGCCAGCUCCCCGUAUUUCCGGGACCAUUCAGCACUGAGCACUAUGAGUGGCUUGUCGAUAUCUGUGAUUAAGAACCCCAGCGUGUUUGAGCAGUUGCUCUCCUUCUGUUACACUGGAAGAAUGUCCUUGCAGCUGAAGGAUGUUGUCAGUUUUCUGACCGCAGCCAGCUUUCUUCAGAUGCAGUGUGUCAUUGACAAGUGCACGCAGAUCCUGGAGAGCAUCCACUCAAAGAUCAGUGUGGGAGAUGUUGACUCUGUCACCAUUGGUGCUGAAGAGAAUCCCGAGAGCCGGAAUGGGGUGAAAGAUGGCAGCUUCUUCGCCAGUCCUGUUGAGAUCUCCCCUCCGUAUUGCCCUCAGGUACGGCAGCCUCCAGUCAGCAGCGAUCUCCGGAUGGAGACGACCCCCAACAAAGCCCUUCGGAGCCGCUUACAGGAAGAGGGGCACUCAGAUCGGGGGAGCAGUGGCAGUGUGUCUGAGUACGAGAUUCAGAUCGAAGGGGACCACGAGCAGGGGGACUUGUUGGUGAGGGAGAGCCAGAUCACCGAGGUGAAAGUGAAGAUGGAGAAGUCUGAGCGGCCCAGUUGUUCCGACAGCUCCUCCCUAGGGGAUGAUGGCUACCACACAGAGAUGGUUGAUGGGGAACAAGUUGUGGCUGUGAACGUGGGUGCCUAUGGCUCUGUGCUCCAGCAUGCAUAUCCCUACUCCCAGGCAGCCUCACAGCCUUCCAACAUGCCAGAAGCUUUUGGAGGUCAGAGUAAUUCCAGCCCGUCCAGGUCCAUGCUGAGCUGCUUCCGAGGCCGUGGUGCCCGCCAAAAGCGGGCUCUGUCUGGUCACCUGCACAGUGACCUGCAGGGUGUGGUGCAGGGGUCUGACAGUGAAGCCGUGAUGAACAAUCCCAGUUAUGAGAGCAGUCCCCGGGAGAGGAGUGCAAGGGGUUACUGGUACCCAUACAACGAGAGGUUGAUCUGUAUUUACUGUGGGAAAUCCUUUAACCAGAAGGGAAGCCUCGACAGGCACAUGCGACUGCAUAUGGGAAUCACCCCCUUUGUGUGCAAGUUCUGUGGGAAGAAGUACACACGCAAGGACCAGCUGGAGUACCACAUCCGGGGCCACACUGAUGACAAACCAUUCCGCUGCGAGGUCUGUGGGAAGUGCUUUCCAUUCCAGGGCACCCUCAACCAGCACCUGCGGAAAAACCACCCGGGUGUCACCGAGGUCAGGAGUCGCAUGGAGUCCCCCGAAAGAACAGAUGUGUACGUGGAACAGAAACUCGAAAGUGAUGUGUCAGCCUCAGAAAUGGCUCUAGAUUCCCGAAUGGAAAUCCACACGGUAUCUGAUGCGCCUGACUAAGGUGAUGGAGAAGGCGCCCUGAACAAAGCACAUCAGUCUGUGCGUGCUUGUGAUUUGCUUUCUUGUAAUCUUUGGUUUUCCCACCAUCUGGAAAUCUCUUGGUUUCUUGGUAGUUUCUCUGAAGGUUCCGGGUGUGGCACUUGUUGUGUUUACCCUUCUCCCCCUCCCCUCCCCAAAGGAGCUCAAAGCAUGAAGGGCAGCGUAUCCAGGGAAAACACAGGCUGACAGUGGGCCUCUGCUGAAGGCUUCUCCCCACUCUGCCAGUGACUCAGCUCUGCAAACUGAAGGCAGGCACUCUCACUGUGGGUGCUAGCCCCGGUGCAUUUCCACGGAGAGAGGUGAGGGUGCCGUCCGCUGAUACAAAUGGGUAACCUUUUCUAAUUUAAAAUUACUUUUGGGGGUAGUUAGACAGUUUAUAUAUAUAUAAUAAAGUGGUUAUUAUAUAUAUAGUAUAUAUACAUUCUCAAAUUUGGGUUUAUUCUGGUUGAGGUGAAUGUAAGAGGAAUAUAUAAUUUAAUACAAUGUGAACAGAGCUCUGACUCUGUUUCAGCCCCGCCUACUAUGUAAGUUCCCACCCUUUGAUCCCCUUACAGAAGAAUGUCAGUAGAUUUUCACAUAGAGUAAUCAUUGCGUCCAAAUGCAAGCAAAGCAAAUCACAGUGUUCGUAGCUCUGCUUCAUAACAAACACAUAAACCAAAUGCCAUAAAACUCCUUCGCCUGUAGUGGGAACCAUUUGGAACUUUUGUUCGUUGUCCAGGUACGCUGGACAGCAUGCGGUGCUGACCUUCCUACACAGUAGUGUUACACUAGCCAGCCCCAAAGGAGCAGUGGUUUUCAAGGUCUGUACUACAAAUCUACCUUCAUUCCGUACUGUAGAAGCAUACCGAGCAGGUAACUACAUCAGAUCGCUCCACCGUGAGUUAGACUCUCACUAAAGGACAGGAAUUGGUAGCACUUGCCUACACAAUUCUCCAAGUAGUGUUGUGGUUUGUUGUUUUGUUUUCUUUGGGGUUUUUCUCUUCUUCUCAAACAGCCAGUUCAGGUGCACAACAACUUUUUCUAUGCGGUUCCCAGGGAAACUGCAGAACUUGGAAUUUGUACUUUUUGUAAAGCUAUACUCUACGGGAAUUGCAAGCAAUAUAUCUAUCUUAGUAUUAUUGUGUGUGCUAAUGAGAGCCUCGGUGGCUCCUCCAUUCUCUCAGUGUUUCCUGCUUAAAAAAAAGUCAAAACCCUCUGAGAUCCUCAGUGUGUCACCAAAUCUGUGUGUAUGUCUCACAUUUUUGGUCACGUGGUGCUAUUUUUAUGUUAAGUAUCUUUUAGGUCAGUAUCGUCUAGAAAAUGUGAAACCUACCAGUAGUAAUGACUUAGUUACUUUCCUCUCAAGUUCACAGCUUGAAAAGAAACCUCAAAAGCGUGUGCUGGCAAACGGGUUACUGUCUGAGUUGUGUCUGGUCAGUGCUUUGGAAAAUGUCUGUUUGCUGUUAGGUUCCUAUACACCAACAGGCUUCGCAGAUGCUCUGGUGCUGUGGACUCAGGCAGAGAGGGCAAUUUGGCAGGCCGUUUAUGGUCAGGCUUGCAGCUGGCUGCGGAGACAGCAGCACUCUAGUCUCUGGCUGAGUACCUGGGCUCCGAGACCCAGACUCAAACAAACAGAACCCAGAAACUGAGGACCAACCUCAGAGGCUAGGAGCUAAGGAAUACAGAAAUAGAUGUUUGCUGGUGGCAAUGCUUUUUUGGCUCUUAAAAUGAUAGGUUUUGGGGGAGGUGGUUUUGUUUUGUUUUGUUGGUGGUUCUUUUUGUUGGGAGGAGAGGGGGCGGUUUCGAGACAGGGUUUCUCUGUGUAGCCCUGGCUGUCCUGGACUAGCUCUGUAGACCAGGCUGGCCUUGAACUCAGAGAUUCUCCUGCCUCUGCCUUCCUAGUGCUGGGAUAAAGGCGUGUGCUACCACCACCCACCUUUUUUUUUUGGGGGGGGAGGUUGGUUUUUAUUUGAGAAACAGUAGUUUGACUCCAGCCCUUUCUUCAUGUGUAGCAGCCCCGGGGCACACAGUGGCACCUUGUUAGCACACAGGAUCUGCUCAUAUGUGAACUGCUCGCUGCCUCGCCUCAGUGUUAACUCCUGUAGAUGACUAAUCCCGCUGCUCCCGGGAGGAGCAGCUUUUGCUAAUCGGGUAUACAGUAUGCCUUUUCCUCGUCAAACUGCCUAAGUCAGGGUUGGUUCUCUCCCUGGAGCAUUUGUUCAGCCAAGAAAGCUGACUGCCUCAAGGGGAGGAUGGACCCUAAGUGUUUACCUACUUAAGUGUGUUCUGAGGUUUCAGGUAAAUGUUUGUGACUUUUCAUUUUCCUUAUACAAAUGCAUUUUGUUUUGAUUUUUCUUUUUGAGGAUUAAAUGCAAAAACUGUGUGUGUGUGUGUGUGUGUGUGUGUGUGUGUGUGUGUGUGUGUGUGUGUCGUGAUACCAGUUAAGUUUGUGACAAGAAAGCCCCAAAUCUAAGGACGUGAGACGUCGAGCUCAGGGAAGGAGCCUCCUUUUCACUAGGCCUGGGCCUUCUGAGAUGCUCCAGGGCUUCCUGUGGUGAGGGGUGCACUCGGGCAGCACGCCCAUGUCCUGGCUCUGGUCACUGUCUGUCUGAAUUACGUACAUUAGUUCUUGUGCUGUUCGUCAACUUGUUUAGCUGGUUUGAGUUUACCAAAGAGUGACUUAUCCAAAAUUGUCUUUGACAAAAAUCUACAUUGCUUUGAUUGUACAGUUCAGGUUCAAACAUUGUAAUGGGACUGUUAGGGGCAGAAAACCAAUUUGAGUUUUUAAUGAUCAUGAUUCCACACUUCGCAAGUUGCGCUUGCUCCCAUUCGUGUUGCUAACACUUUACCCUCUCCACUGCUAGCAGUGUUAAGAAUGAAUCCUCAAGCCAUAACACAGUACUGUAAAGUUCACAGGGCUUGGAGGGAGGCAGCGCCCAGGCCAGCACAGCACUGCAUAGCCUGGCUGCGCAUUUGCACUAGGCGCCUGCCGGUGAGCAUGGCUGCUGAGGGCUUUCCGUGCAGACAGGGCAGCAGCGCUCAGUUGUGCCUAGCAUGUGCCAGGAGAGCCAGCUUGGCCACUCAAGCAGGCCUCUCUCCCUGAAGCUCCCUGUGUAACUCCUUAGAGCGACUCCUUGUGGACAGCAAACCUGUCCCUGUACAGUUGUAGGUUAGGCCUCUCACUAUAGCAGAUGCAGAAGUCCACUAAGAUAAACAAUAUGUGAAGUAUCUCCUGCUUUCAUACAGGCCUAUGCGUAAUUGAGUCUCUUCUCAGCUACCUUUCCAUGUUAGACAAUGUGAAGACAGCCACAGCACCCUUCCCCAUGACAUUUACCCCAUUGCACAAACUGUGAAGACAUUUUAUACUUUUGCUAACACAUGCGGUUUUCAGUCCUUACGUUUUUUCUCAUCAGUCCUCUGCCCUCUUGUUUCUACUAAAGCUGUAAAUACAUUUAGAAACCGUUUGUAAAUACAAUUACAAAGAUGAGUUCAUUUCCCGUUCAGUGGAAAAGCCUUGGCAGUUUUUUGUUAAUUGGUUUUUUGUUUUGUUUUGUUUUGUUUGCUUUUUUCGAGACAGGGUUUCUCUGUGUAGCUUUGGCGCCUGUCCUGGAACUUGUUCUGUAGACCAGGCUGGCCUUGAACUCACAGAGAUCCGCCUGCCUCUGCCUCUGCCUCCCGAGUGCUGGGGUUAAAGGCAUGCGCCACCACCACCUGGCUGUUGGUGGGGUUUUCUUCUUCCCUCCCUCCUUCCCUCCCUCCCUCCCCUCCCUCCCUUUCUCUGUUUUGAACAGCAGAUAGGAUACUGUCAGUUCACUGUUAAGCAGAAUAUACUGUAGGACUAAAUUGGUAAUUUUAUAAUCUUCCCAGAGCUUAAGUUUAUGUCUCUUGUAAAGACAGCAAAUAUAACCACCUCUUUUGUUUUACCCUUAGCCCAGACACAGGCCUGCAUAUUUUUUUGUGUGUGAUUUUAAUUUUUAACAACCUAGAUUCUGGGGAGAAUUUGCAGGAACACAGAACAAGGGCUAGGGGAAAUGGUCCAUGUGAAUGAGCUCUACCUUAGGUUGAUGUGUUUUAGUUUAAGCUUUCCACUUGUUACUGUGAUGUUUUUGUUAUCACUGUUGUUGUUAAAUUCUGUAAUGGUUUCCUGUGAAGCCUCCACUGAAAGGGACUCAAAUAUGCAACAUCUAAACUAUUUUCCAAGGGCUCAUGCCCCUUGAAUGGUGCUUCUAGCCUGGUCAGGGUUAUUUAUUAAAUUUUAUAUAUGAAAAUAUUGGGGAAUUAUGUAAACUCUUUAUACAAGACUAUCUAGUUCUUACAUCCUAGAUUUCAUAUACUCAGUGCAGCUGAACUGAAAGUUCAGAGAAGUCAUUCACUUUGUUCCAAAUUUGUAAUGGUUGUCACUCACAUACGUCGUCUUCAAUAAGUGCCAGAGUUCCCACUGUUUCUGCCAGGGCUUGCCAACUCCAGGUGCCCCCUGGGUCUGGCACAGACAGGGCUAUCA